GCCAAACGCCGUCCUCAAGUCAGAGACAGACACCGAGACGUUAACUGUAACACAAAUGAUCUCAGACACAGGAUCUGACCACAGAUCAGACCCAAAGAGACUGAGUCUGGGUAGACUUUGCUGUCCUCCUGCUCCUGGCUCAGAGUACUUAUCGGUAUUACACCAGAGCCAGGGGACGGUUAAUUCCUAUGGAGAUAGUUAUGCGUUAAACACUGGAGGUGAUGAUCCGUCUUGUUCUUACACUACAGAGAUGGACCCUGGCAACAUAUCCUUGGGUUUAGAGACACAGACUGUUCGGUCCAGAGGGGACUGGAACCAGUACAGUAGUAGUGUAUUCUCUGAAGGGUUCCUAGAUAAGAAAGGGGAGGGUCUGGUCAUAGAUGAAGUGACUGUGAAAGUGGAAGGUGACACUCCUCUGACAUGGAAUGCAGAUGAGACUCCGUUAGGAGAAGGACACUCGCAGGGCAACACCAGUGACUUCUUAGACUACAGGGAAAGCUUAGAGACAACCCACUCCCCUUGACAUGCGUUCAGCGGUCCCGACCCAGUGUCCACGUCGAUGGGGCCUUCCGAUUCACACGGCCACAUCCUUUUUGAUCAGGUAUUGAACUCAAAAGACAGGACUAGAGCCCAGUCUCAGGGAGGUGGAGCCACAUCAGGCACUAGUAAAGAGAAACGGUUCCUCUGCAUGUUCUGUAACAAACGCUUCAGCUGCACCCAGAAGUUGGAGAUCCACCAGAGGGUCCACACAGGAGAGAAACCCUUCAGCUGUACCCAGUGUCAUAUGCGCUUCGCCCAGGCUGGCAACCUGAAGAGGCACCAGAGGGUCCACACAGGGGAGAAACCAUACAAUUGCCCCCAGUGUGAAAAGAGGUUCUCCCACCAACACCAACUGAAGAUGCACCUGAAGGUCCACACUGGAGAGAGGCCGUUUGCCUGUAAUCACUGUGGGAAGAGGUUCUCAGAGAGGAGCUACCUCAGGAUACACCAGAAGAAAAACCAUUCCACUCAAUAACAUCGAAAGAAACCAUUCCACUCGAUAGCUUCUGACAUUUCAAUCAAACCCUGCAUUAAUCUAGACUCAGCUAGAUGAUGUACAUGCACAAAGUAAACAACAGUAGUGGGUCAAUUUGCGCAACUUCUCUGCGGUUUUGGUACCACAGCUACCAUGUUGUAGCAACGUGAAGUGAACCCGUGUGCAUGCACAUAUACUCUGUGUGACUGUGAGAGAGCAAAGUCUAGCAUCACGCUCAUCAAAAUAUUUGCGGUGGUAACCUCAGUCUUCCUUUAAAAAUGAAGGUUCAUUUUGAUUGUUGUCAGAAUAACGGGAAUAACAGAUUUCUGGGUAGAAUAUUUUAUUCAAGCAUUGUGUGAUUUAUAAAGGCAGAUAUAAGCUUAAUGAGUCUCUUACAUAGUGUUUGUACUAUGUAGGCAAUAUGAUAUUCACAAAUGCCUAUUUCAUUACUUCCAUUCAACUACUUAAAUCCCCCCCCCCCAAGACACUUUUAAUUAGAAAAUUAGUGCAGUUCAAGUCCAUGCAGAUUUGUAGUUGGGCCGGGGGGUAUGUGGUGGUUUCCAUAUGGUGUAAUUAAAACGUGUUUAUGUUUAAUAAACACGAAAUGGAACUUUUCAUUCUAAGACUUUCAUUGAGACUCUCUUUAAUAUACAUCUCACCCUAUUCUGCAUAAACCCAACAGUGCUUUAUAACCUAU